UCGUGUCCAAAUUGUUGGACGUUAAAGAGAGGGGUGUGGAGAAGAUGGGUCCGGCUUCGGCCCUGAGAAAGCAAGUUCUCACCUUAACCAAAACCGCCGCUUCCAGAAUACGGCAGCUGUUGGAACAACGGCAGCGCUCAUUUCUCAAGCUUGGUGUCAAAGCUCGCGGUUGCAACGGCUUAUCUUACACCCUUAAUUACGCAGAUGAAAAAGAGAAGUUUGAUGAGUUGGUUGAGGACAAGGGUGUUAAGAUAUUGGUUGAUCCGAAGGCUCUCAUGCAUGUCAUAGGAACCAAGAUGGACUUUGUCGAUGACAAACUGAGGUCAGAGUUCAUAUUUAUCAAUCCAAAUUCUAAAGGGUAGUGUGGCUGUGGAGAAUCGUUCAUGACCAUGAGCAGGGAAGAAGCCACCAAAAGAGGUGUUAGUUCAGGGACGUAAAAAUCAGAAUGGAUUCCCUGAAUGCAUGUAUGCAAAAAUCCAUUAGGCAUUGCAAAAUUAUUGGCAGCAAUACAUGAAGAGGAAACUAUGCCUAUAAAGAAACAGAGCACUGACUUGAAUAACUGUCCGUCAAAAUUCUGGAAUUCACCUCUGCUGCUUGAAUUGGCCAUUUGUGCGUGUGUUUGUUGCUGCUGCAAUUCACCUAACACCAAGCACUUCAGUUGCAUCUCACAAAUUAACACUUGUUGCACUUCAGUUGCAUCUCUUGCUGCUGCAUUUUACUCUGAUAAAUAGCCUUCUGAAUUGGUCGUUGCAUAUAGACGUUAGAACUGGCUGCAGAAAGAAUUGUUGCCUUCCAUUUUGUUCACUACUGAUGUUGUGUGCUUGUCUGUUGAUUGGUCUCACUUACACCCCCUCAAGUUUCAUUCUUCUUAAAUUCCCUCAUUUUUCUUCACAAUUGAUUAGCUCUCUAACCCAAGAUAAUGAGGGCAUUUGUGGUA